CGUCAAUUAUAUCAUCAGCGAGACACAGCUCUAGAGAGAGAGAGAGAGAGAGAGAAGAAACGACUUUUUGGACAGAUAAGGCGGGAGGAACAGGAAGAGGACCGUCCUUUGGCUUUGAUUUCGUGCUAGACAGAUAGAAGAAAAGAUGGCAAGACUCCCAUCAGCGGCUUCCACCAGUCUGAGUGGCUUACUCCCUCCUCCAUUGCCACUUCCCUGGCUUGUCACUCCCAAGUCUCAUCCCAAGCCCCUCAAGUCUAACAAGGAGCAGAGACAAAUAGCGACUUCGGCCUCGAAAUCCGGUGGAGUCUCGCUGAAUUCGAUCUUCAAAAGUUGUAAAACGUGCAGCGGAAAAGGUGCAAUCGAGUGUGCUGGGUGUAAGGGAACCGGGAAAAACAAGAAGAAUGGAAACAUUUUCGAACGGUGGAAAUGCUUUGAAUGUCAAGGGUUUGGGCUGAAGAGCUGCCCCAAUUGUGGAAAGGGAGGCCUCACCCCUGAGCAAAGAGGCGAGAGAUAGUCCUUGGAAGGACAUCUUGUUGACCAGCUUGUAUCUGCAAUUCCUAUAUUGUUACCCGAACUCGAUCUCUAGAUUUUGAGUUCAUUUGUGUGGCAGUUCAGGCAAAUGAGAGCGUUAGUGUCAAUUUUCUUCCAUGUAAGUCACAAAUUUUCUGUCUUUAACACUAUAAGAAUUUCUACUGUUGUUGCCGUCAACAAUAGAGCCAUGGCUUCCUUUGGAGAUGCUCUUGCAAGAUAAUAAAGUGCAAAUAUUUUAUACAA